CAGGAUUCGUGGAUGUCAAUCGUAUUGUUGGCCGUGUUUAAACGUAAUUCGUCGAUUUUGGAAAGCGUUUUUAUCAAAUAAUCAAAGAUGGACAAAUGGGACAUACCGCAAUUCAAGUUCAGAUCGAUUCCAAACAGUACCGUACGCGACGAAUGGCAGAAAUAUAAACGGAAUUUCGGUUUCAUAGCGGCUGCCAAUGGGGAAAAGGACAAAACCCGAUUGAAAAAUAUUUUUUUGGCUAGAGCCGGCCCGGACGUGCAGGAAGUUUUCUCUUCAAUACCAGGAGCUGACGUUGAUGAAGACAAAGAAAAGAAGAUCGAUCCGUAUCAAACGGCGAUCGAGAAACUUGAUGAAUAUUUUUCGCCCAAACGGCACGAAGCUUUCGAAAGGAAUUCCUAUUGGAAUUUGAAGCCAAUGGAGGAUGAGUCUAUGGAGAAGUUUUUGUGGCGUUCGCUUGAGGUGGCUCGAAAAUGCAAUUUCGGAAGUACCCUUGAGGAGAGUCGUAAUAUCGCUGUCGUUGACAAGAUAAUUCUGUUUGCUCCUCCGGAAUUAAAGGAGAAACUGCUGCAAAAGGAGUCCUUGACACUAGACGAUGUAACUCGAGUGGUCAGUUCGUAUGAAGCAGUGAAAUAUCAAUCACAGCAGAUGAAAACAGCGUCAUCGAGUACAGAACGUUCAGCACCUAGCUAUUGGAUGGAUAAUGGCACUAAUGUCUGCAAGAUUCAAGGUUCGUCGAAAAACCCAACCGGUGAAUGUUACCGCUGUGGGCGUAAGAACCACUACGGAAAUGAUCCGAAGUGUCCAGCUAAAGAUCAAAGGUGUAACAAAUGUAACAGAAUCGGCCAUUUCUAUAAACGGUGCAGAACAAUCACACUUCCUCAGAAGCGAAGCGCGAAUAACCCUAUCGAAUGGCGGGGAAAGAAACCGAAAUCCCAAGGUAUCAUGCGAGUUCAGGACAGCGAGGAGGAAAAACCGGUACCGCCAAAUUUCAUCUUUAGUAUCGGAAAUGGGGACGAAUUUAUCUGGGUCAAAGUAGGAGGCGUCAUGAUCCAAAUGUUGAUUGAUUCUGGAAGUGCCAAGAACAUUAUAGAUGACAGGACGUGGGCGUACAUGAAAACUCAUGGAGUGAAAGUUGAGGAAUUUUGGAAAGAAGCCGAUCAAACUUUCCGUGCGUAUGGCCGCGAUUCGGAACCGUUAGCAGUAGGUGGAAUGUUUGAAGCAGUUAUUUCUGUUGAGGAUGCCGGAAAGCGGAUUGAAAGGAGCGAUCGCUUUUAUGUAGUACAGGGAGGUACACAACCCUUACUCGGGCGAUUGACUGCUACCAAGCUAGGAGUAUUGUCGAUCGGUUUACCUAGUGUCCAAUCUUCUUUGAACCAGGUUGUAGACGAAAAAAGGCCUUUUCCUAAAAUCAAGGAUGUCAAAUUGAGAAUUCCUAUCGACAGAACUAUAACUCCUGUUGUACAACAUGUCAGACGCCCACCUAUUGCUCUGCUUUCACGUAUUGAAGACAAAUUGUCGGCACUUCUGACUACAGAUAUAAUUGAACCAGUCACUGGAGCCAGCGAGUGGGUAUCACCGCUAGUGACGAUAGUGAAGGAUAACGGAGAUCUUCGCCUAUGCGUGGAUAUGCGACGCGCAAAUCAAGCUAUACGACGAGAACACCACAUGAUGCCAACUAUCGAAGAUUUUCUUCCUCGCCUCAAAGCUGCCAAGUUCUUCAGUCGGCUUGAUAUUAAGGAGUCCUACUAUCAACUAGAGCUCGAGGAGGAUUGCCGAGAUAUAACGACGUUCAUCACUCACAAGGGACUAUACCGUUUUAAGCGAUUGAUGUUCGGCGUCAGCUGCGCGCCGGAAAUGUUCCAGAAGGCCUUAGAGCAGAUUCUAGCAGGUUGUGAGAAUACAGUCAAUUAUAUCGACGAUAUCAUCAUUUUCGGACAGACAGAAGAAGAACAUGACAGGGCAUUGCAACAGGUUCUAUCAACUCUAAGAGAAAAAGAGGUGCUUUUGAACCAUAGAAAGUGUGUUUUCAAGGCAACGGAGAUUGAAUUCCUGGGACAUGUUAUCUCAGAGGAAGGCAUACGACCAACUGCAAGCAAAAUAGAAUCCCUGACCAGAUUUCGAGCGCCGAAGACUGCUGAAGAAGUUCGCAGUUUCUUAGGACUGGUAACGUACGUCGGACGUUUCCUGCCGGACUUAGCCACAGUAACGGCUCCUUUACGAGAGUUGACGCAAUCGGGAAAACAUUUUGUUUGGCAAGAAAGUCAUCAAAAGUCGUUCGAAAGAUUGAAGGAAAUAAUCGGCGAUAUUCGAACCCUGCACUUCUUCGAUAACUCACUGCGAACGAGAGUAAUAACUGACGCGUCUCCAGUAGCCCUGGGCGCUGUGUUAGUACAGUUUGAAGGUAGUGAUGAUGAAAAUCCUCGGGUUAUAUGCUACGCUAGUAAGAGCUUAACCGCAACGGAGAAACGUUACUGCCAGACUGAACGUGAAGCGCUGGCAAUCGUUUGGGCUGUGGAGCGGUUGUCCGUUUAUCUCAUUGGUCGGAAAUUCGAAUUGGAAACCGACCAUAAACCUCUGGAGGUAAUCUUCUCGCCGUCUUCGAGGCCUUGUGCUAGAAUAGAGCGGUGGGUCUUACGCUUACAAUCCUUCACAUUCGAAGUUAAAUACAGGAAGGGUUCAAGCAAUGUCGCAGAUUCUUUCUCUCGGCUGGUGGAAGAAGAUAACGCGGUGGAGUUUGAAAAGGAUAAUAAGUUUCUUAUCCUUGCGGUAACGGAAUCGGCCGCAGUGGACGUUGGAGAAAUAGAGAACGCGGUGGAAAGGGAUCAACAAUUACGAUUGGUAGUUGAAGCUAUGCGAUCUGGAUCAUGGACCAGGGUGGAAGUUAAGGCAUUCGAACCAUUCCAGAAUGAGCUUGGACUUGUCGGAGAUUUGUUAGUGCGUGGAAGUAAACUGGUGGUGCCGGAACAGUUGCGGAAGAGGAUGCUGGACCUUGCACACGAAGGUCACCCCGGUGAAUCUUUAAUGAAGCGUAGGCUGCGGGAUAGAGUCUGGUGGCCCCGGAUGGAUGUUGAUAUCACGUCAUACGUCAAGAAUUGUGAAGGCUGUCGACUAGUCGGACUUCCUAGCAAACCGGUUCCUAUGUCACGCAGAAUGAUGCCCACAAAACCAUGGGUGGAUGUGGCCAUAGAUUUUAUGGGUCCACUUCCGUCGGGUGAAUACCUGCUUGUCAUCGUAGACUACUUCAGUCGAUAUAAAGAGGUAAAAAUCAUGGUUAAAAUAACAGCUAAGGAUACCGUUGGACGUCUCGAUAGAAUUUUCACUCGACUCGGAUAUCCACGUACCAUGACACUUGACAAUGCCAAGCAAUUUGUUGGAAAGGAAUUUGAACUGUACUGCAACACCCAUGGGAUUACGUUGAACCAUUCUACACCAUACUGGCCGCAGGAGAAUGGUUUAGUUGAGCGGCAGAACCGAUCCUUGCUGAAGCGCUUACAAAUAAGCCACGCUCUCGGCCGUGACUGGAAGCAGGAUUUGCAGGAUUACCUUAUUAUGUACUAUACUACACCGCACUCUUCAACGGGAAAGACGCCAACUGAGUUGUGUUUUGGCAGAACUAUCAGAUCAAAGAUUCCAUCCUUGGAGGAUAUCGAGACGGCACCGGUUAGCACCGAAUAUACAGACCGUGAUCAAGUACUGAAAACAAAACAAAAACAGAGGGAAGAUUUGAGAAGAAGGGCUACGGAAUCAUCAGUUGAGGUAGGUGAUACAGUUCUUAUGCAGAAUCUCGUUCCAGGUAACAAACUUACCACAACAUUUAACCCAACGAAGUUCAAGGUCCUCAAUCGCAGUGGGGCACGUGUCACAAUCGAGGAUCAAGAUAAUGGACGGGUUUUCGACCGUAACGUUUCUCAUGUGAAGAAGAUAAGUGACGUGGGUGAAACCGGAAGCAACCAGGACCAGGAUGUACCUUUUCAGAAGAUCAUCGAGUCAGAUUCAGACGAUGAUGAAGACAGAAUGGGUUUCCACGGAUUUGAGGAAGAAGACCAGCAGAGGGAUGUUUUGCCAGAGAGGGAGCGACGCAAUCGCCGAGUACCGGACAAGUUUCGAGAUUUUGUACUGUAA